CGCCAGCCCUGGCAUAUCGUUAGUUGGCAACACUGGCUUGUAGCUGUCGUAAUAGGCCGCUUGCAUUUAGUUUUAUUUAGUUUUAAAAAUAUGAAUAAAAUAACGCGUGCUUUUAUUCGCGUAUUGCAGCACAGCAAUAAUUCGUACGCGCUCCUCGGUCGCCAGCUAUCAUACAAAAGCGAUUUGUCGCUGGACAAGAUCUAUCCAAAUGCGCGCCUGCAGCUCUUCACGCCGCCACCGCCGCCGCCCGGAAACGGAGGCAAGUUCAAUGGCUAUAUACCCAUGGAUAAGCUGGAGAUCACGUACAGUCGCAGCUCCGGCCCGGGCGGCCAGCACGUGAACACGGUCAACAGCAAGGUGGACGUGCGCUUCAAGCUGGCGGAGGCACAGUGGAUACCGGAACAGACGCGCCAAAAGCUGCUGCAGGUGCUGGCCAACAAGCUGAACAAGGAGGGCUACUACUUCAUCAAGAGCGACCUGACGCGUUCGCAGCAGCUGAACCUGGCCGAUGCGCUCGAGAAGCUGCGCACGAUUAUACGCGCCCAGGAGCUGGACGCCCCGACCGGACCCAGCGAGUUGACGCUGGAGAAGCUGCGUCGUCGCCAGGAGCGUGCGGCCAGACAGCGGCUGCAACUGAAACGCAAUCGUGCCCAGAUCAAAGCGGAACGCCAGGCGCCAAGCGGCAUAGAUUUUUAAAUGAUUUUUUUUUUUAAAUUAACAAAAGUUUUUGUUACAUAAACAUUGUUCGGUACGAA